AAUGGAUAAAUUCAUAUUCUGGAUUUCUACUCUAUUUCUUUUAAUCCAGCUGAUUGAGAGAUCAAAUCAAGUCACUAGUAAAUGGAAUAGAGCUAAAUUCAUGUUCAAUCGGAAUCAUUCAAAAUCUAAAAAUCCUGAGCCCACAGAGAGUGACAAGCUCUUGAAACGCUUGAAAGACACUGAUGCAAUUUUCGAUAAAAUAUUAUCGGAAAACAAUGAACUACAAGAUUAUGGCAUUGGAGGAAGUACGGGACCAAAGGAUGAUAAAAAUGGAGAAAAAUUUUCCAAAAAGAAUUCAGGCAAAAUUACCAACAAAUUUAAAAAAUUGUUAAAGAAAAAGAGUAUCAAGGAGAAGGGGAAGGAAGUGAUUACUGAAGGAGAACCUGAAAAAGAAGCUGAAAUGAUGAAUGAAGGGGAGAUUGGUGAAGACGAUUUGUUUAGCAAUUUAGAGAAUGAGCUAAAAUUGGGAUCGGCUUCAUUUCGCUUUCCUUUGAACGUAAUUCAUGAAGAUGAGGAAGGUUUUACCAACGAGGCAGCUUCUAGUAGACGUUCACUUUUGGAUAUUGCCUUGGGUAAUUUGGAAGAUGAUUUGGAGAAUCAUGAAAAUGGCAAUGGAAGAACGCAAAAUAAUGAUCAGGAAAAAUCAGAAGUGAAUGAAAAUAUUGAAAUUGAAGAGAAAAAUGAAAUUAAAGGCGAGCCUAGUCAUUCUAAUAAAAAUCAAGAAAAUUCAGAGAAGAAUAAAAAGAAUAAGGAGAAAGUAGAUAAUCAUACAAAUAAUGAUUUAGUUGAACCUGAAUUUCACAUCCCCGAUAUCGAACCAUAUAUUUACACUCAUGAUUUGAAAGAAUUCAACAAUUUUGUGUUUAAAAGCAAUGCGGAAUUGAACAAGCUUUACCAUAAAUCAACAAAUUUCUAUCAGUUAAUUUUAAUUACCGAAAAUCUUUUCUUUAACGAAGAAAAUUCAAAAAUUCUAUUAAAUUUUAUUGAAAUUAUGAAGGAAAAACAAAAUUCCAAAAUUAUUAAGCAUUUUACCAAUAUUGCGUCAUUAAAACGAUUUAGAAUGAAAUUGUUUAGUAAACUUAGAAAGAUGCGUAAUUCAGUUGAUAAUUAUCAUGAUGCUAGGAUUAAAUGGGGGAAGGAAAAGGAAAAGGUUUGCGUCUUUAAUUUUUAAAAUUUAUUUGGAUGGGCAAUAGAUUGGAGUAAAUUUCACCGUCUUUUCCAAACCUGUAAUUGGGAUGGGAACCUUGGAAUUUACCUUGAAAAUAGGAAACUGAAGCUAGAAAACUGGAUUUUCUCUAGGAAAAUGA